AUGGCAGAAAAUUUGGCAACAAAACCGCACGCAAGUGGUUUAGAAAAGCUACCGGCUCCAACGUGGGAUGGGUCACGCAAGGCGUACUUAACCUGGAAAAGGGAAUUCCAGCAUUGGAUGAAUAAACAUGGCCAGGAUAAGGACGAACAACUUCAGGUAUUUCUUAAAGCCAUCCCCAAGGGUCCUUGGUGGACAGAACAGUUGAAGACUUGCAAGAACAUAGAUACAGCAUGGGAGAUUCUAGACAUAGAAUUCGCAGAUAAAAGGAAGUUAAUGGACGAGCUUCUGGCGGAAAUCGAUAACUACAGCAGUGUAAAAGGCGACUCGAAGAGCCUGGGACGUUUCGCAACCUCGAUAUCAGUGUUUGUAAGUGACAUGGAGAACAAUGGCUGUCCUGUUCACGAAGUAAGUGAAGCGCCAUUCUUUAUGUCGAAACUUGAACCAAAGGACAACGCGGGAGAUGCAGCGACAAAAGAAAGAAGAAAAUGUGGCAAAUUUAGUCGCUUGGCUCCACCAAGAAGCAGCCUUUCGAUCCAGGGGAAAGAAAGAAAGAAA